AUGAGUAUGGAGCAUUUAUCUAGAACUGGAUCUGAUCAUGUACCACUACUUUUAUUAGCAAGUGAUCAAAGCCAAGAAUAUCAUAAGCACUUCAGAUUCUUGAAGUUUUGGUUAGAACAUGAGACCUUUAUGCAAAUAGUGGAGCAACAUUGGAAAACUGAAUAUGUAGGGGAUUCUUUCAUUACUUUCAAGUUGAAGAUGAAGAAUUUGAAAACUGCUUUAUCAGCUUGGAGUAGAGAAACAUUUGGAGAUGUAAUCAAGCAACUUGCAAUAAGAGAACAUAUAGUCAAGAUUAAAGAACAGUUGUUUGAAGAGGAUCCAUAUGAGGUAAAUAGAAUAAUGUUGCAAAGAGCACAAGCAGAAUUCAAAAAAUAUUUGCAUUUUGAAGAGGAAUUUUGGAAGCAAAAAUCUGGCAUUCAAUUGCAGUCAGAAGGUGAUAUAAAUACUAGAUAUUUUCAUAGUCUAGUAAAAGGAAGAAGGAAGAGACUUCAACUAACUAGAAUUCAGAAUGUAGAUUGUGAAUGUUUAGAGGAAACUGAUGUUGUUGCUAUUGAGGCAAUUGCCUUUUAUGAAGAUCAAUUCACUCAGGAACAAACCACUACAGAUUUGAGCUUAUUGGAGCAUGUACCAAGGAGGAUCUCAAAUUAA